GGAAGCCUGGGAGGUGGAGACGUGGAUCCCUGAGCAGGAGACAGGGGAGCUUUGUGCCCCACGCAAGGACGCGCCAGGGCUUCUCCAGCGCUCCAUCCUCCCACGGGGCCGGCACCAUGCGCGGCCUCCUCUUCUGCCCUCUGCUCGUUACUGGACUGGCACAGCUCUGCUGCAGGGCGCGGGGCAGUGUGCCACCAGACACGACCCCUGGAGGAGAAGGGCCUGGAGACGCACCGGAAGUGUAUCACCGGAAACAGGUCUGUCACUGGCCCUGCAGAUGCCCUCCUCAGAAGCCCAGUUGUCCUCCAGGGGUGAGCUUGGUGAGGGAUGGCUGCGGAUGCUGCAAAAUCUGCGCCAAGCAACCCGGAGACACCUGCAACGAGGCCGACCUCUGUGACCCACACAAAGGGCUGUACUGCGACUACUCAGCAGACAAGCCUAGGUACGAGAUGGGAGUGUGCGCACAUCUUGUGGCUGUUGGAUGUGAGUUCAACAGGGUCCAUUAUCAGAAUGGCCAAGUAUUUCAGCCCCACCCAUUGUUCAGCUGCCUCUGUGUGAGUGGGGCAAUUGGAUGCACACCCCUCUUCAUACCCAAGCUGGCUGGCAGCCGCUGUUCUGCAGCUAAAGGAGGAAGGAAGACUGAUCCACGAAACUGUGGCCCGGGCCCACUGCAGCAGGGUCACUCAGCAAGCUACAAAGCAAUGCCAGCUUACAGGAAUCUCCCACUUACUUGGAAAAAAAAAUGUCUCGUGCAAGCAACAAAGUGGACUCCUUGCUCCCGAACGUGCGGAAUGGGAAUCUCAAACAGGGUAACCAAUGAAAACAGCAACUGUGAAAUGAGGAAAGAGAAGAGGCUAUGCUAUAUUCAGCCCUGUGACAGUCACUUAUCAGAGACCGUGAAGAUUCCCAGAGGAGAAACAUGUCAACCCACCUUCCAGCUCUCCAAAGCUGAAAAAUUUGUUUUUUCUGGAUGCUCAAGUACUCAGAGUUACAGACCCACUUUCUGUGGAGUAUGCCUGGAUAAGAGAUGCUGUGUCCCCAACAAGUCUAAAAUGAUUACUGUUCAGUUCGACUGCCCCAGUGAAGGGUCAUUUAAGUGGCGGAUGCUUUGGGUAACAUCUUGUGUGUGUCAGAGAGACUGCAGAGAACCAGGAGAUAUAUUUUCUGAGCUCAGGAUUCUGUAGACCAAACAGGGAAGAAUGUUUAAGGGUCAGUCAUGUCAUUAAUAUAAUUAAUUACAUGUAAUUAAUAUAAUCAAAGAACUGAAGUGGCUAUAAAAUGGUAAAAAGUUACUUAAUGGAUUUAAAACAAAAAGAAUGACUUUUUUUGGCUGAUAUA